ACGUCUGGCACAAAAUGCCAUCGUGUUGGCCAGAAUCAGCCUUUGUCAAGGUCAGUAAUCACUGAUGCUUUGUCUGUUGACCAGCAAAGCUGAGGAAACAUCGGACACAAUCAAAAGGAGGCCUCAACGGCAGGGCGAAUCGAGAAUACUUCUAUUUUUGGCUACUGUCUUUCGCGUCAGGAUACCAGAGGUCGAGUGAGGAUAAGCUGACAUCCGCCUCCACGGUUUCGACCCGCUUAAGCGAGGCACUGUGGUGGAAAGAACCAGAUGAGACCGCAAGCCCACGUACAUCCGGCAGUGAGUACUGUUUUAAAGCUCGACAUUCCCUCAUCUUCAAAAUGUCCAGGACUGUUACUGGUUGUGCUCAUCGUGGUCUUUGUUGGAACUCGCCUCUUCAUUUGUGCGAUUGACACAGCUCUCGGUCGAUUCCCGUCCGUGGCAUCAUAAGAUGCCAUCGAGAAUCUAUCGCUCUUCGUACCCACCUAUCGAAUCCGUUGACAUUGACCUGCUUACCUUUCUCUUCUCGAACCCCAACAACACGCCGGAUGACAAGCGCAUCUACAUCGAUGCUGUCACGGAAGAUGCUCGCACAUAUGGCGAAGUCAAGCAGAGGACUAGAUCUCUAGCCCACGGCCUGCGAGGCUUGGGCGUGAAACCACGAGACGUUGUCGCCUUCAUCAGUCCAAACAGCAUCGACUACCCCAUCACCUGCUUUGCGGUGUUGGCGUGUGGUGGCACUAUCUCUCCUCUCAGUGCAGCAUACACACCAACGGAGAUACAAGCUCAACUGGAGACCAGCGGCGCCAAGUGCCUCAUUGCCCACUCUUCACUCAUGGACAAUGCUGAAAAGGCAGUACAAUUCGACCCUACCAUCAAAAUCGUUCAAGCGGACGGGAACUGUGAUAGGCAUGGCAAGCCGACUGCCGAGUAUCUCGCCACCAAUUGCCCAUCCAGUCCGGUUGUCAGUAUCAAGAGCAGCGAAGCCAGUGAGCGUCUCAGCUUCAUGUGCUUUUCCUCGGGCACCACAGGUCGAGCCAAAGGCGUUAUGACUACGCACCAUAAUCUGGUGUCCAACAUGAAACAGUGGAUCCUACAGAUGCCAGAAGUGACCGCAGGACAUGACACUUUCGUGACGUUCCUGCCGUUCAGCCACAUCUAUGGUCUGGCCCUGUAUGUCUGCAACGGAACGUUGGUAGGCAGUACGACCGUUGUCAUGCCACGCUUCGAGCCAGAAUUGUACCUCAGCUGCAUCCAGAAAUACAGACCAGAAUCUGCCGCCCUCGUCCCGCCCAUCAUGUUGUUGCUGGCCAAGCAUCCUAUCGUCGAGAAAUACGACCUAAGCAGCCUAAAGAGAGUGUACUCAGGCGCAGCACCGUUGAGCGCUGAACUGCGAGAAGCCGUCGAGGCGCGGUUCAAGAAACUCUAUGGCACGACGGUGCUGGGACUACAAGCCUGGGGCCUGACCGAGACGAGCCCGCUGGCUGCGGCCACGCCGCCGAGUCGGCCUGAUAAGCGGUACACGGUGGGAAAUAUCACGCCGAAUAUGGAGUUUCGUGUGGUCGACCCAGAGACCAUCCAGGACACUGGGACGGAGGCAGACGGGUCCGCGAAGCCGGGCGAAUUGUGGUGCCGUGGACCAAACGUUAUGAAGGGGUAUUAUCGGAAUGAGGAAGCCACGAAAGAUGGAUUUGCGGCGGACGAGGAUGGUGGGAAGCCGUGGUUCCGCACAGGAGAUAUCGGGUCGAUCGACAAGGAUGGCUUCAUCAUCUUGCUUGACCGCAUCAAGGAGAUGAUCAAGUAUAAGGGACUUCAGGUGAUUCCGAGUGAGCUGGAGGGGAAGCUUCUCGAGAAUCCCGAUGUCGAGGACGCAUGUGUUGUCGGUCGCUGGGUCGAGGAACAGGCGGCGGAAUUGCCGGUGGGAUUCGUCGUUGUUACUGCAAAAGCUAGAGGAAAGGGUGACAAAGCGAUAGCGGAAGAGAUCAACAUCUGGCUGAAUGGCAGGGUUGCAAACCACAAGAAAUUGAGAGGUGGUGUGUAUGUCGUUGAUGCCAUUCCCAAGAGUCCUAGCGGCAAGAUUCUGAGGCGGCAGUUGAAGGCCACUUUGAAGGCCACGAGCACCAGAGUUGCAGCGAAGCUGUAAGAAGGUGAUGCACGUCUUUUCUAGAUUCCCGC